CGGACAAGGAUUGAAAGGGCUGGUGUGAACGGCGCUGGAAUUGCAAACACCCUGGGAAUUAGGACCACCUCAUACUCCCAUAAAGGAAAAAGGUGCAUGACACAUCAUGGAACUUUCAGAGACAUUAAACAUCAACAUCUUCAAACUUGUUUCAGUCUUCCAUUUAAUUUUGGUGUGCAGAGGGGCUUUGUAUGCCAGACCUGGUACUGUCACUAAUGCUGCUGCAGGACAAACCGUGAUGUUCCCCAUAGAGCACCAAAGCAACGAAGAUCAGUACGAUGUUACCUUUAGUCUAACAAUUCCACAGCUCUUUAACAUUUUCAUGUGGACAUCCAAUAAUCCAGACAAUCUGCAUAUUGUGCAUCCACAAUAUAAACACAGAGCUACAAUCAAAAAUGGAUCGGUGGUGUUAUAUGAUAUACAAGUUAAUGACAGUGGAGAAUAUCAAAUACGAACUGACUACUAUGGGGUAGAACUGAAAAACCAUGAUCAAAAUACUUUCACGAUUCAAGUCUUUGAACCAGUUUCUCAACCUGUAGCAAAUACAUUAAGUCAAGGUCAGAAUGCACCAAAUAUCACUUUGAUUUGCUCUGUCUCCAACGAAAAGUCAGUCAUGAUUUAUUGGGAGAAAAUAUCCUUAUCUGGAGUCAUCAUUGAGACAUAUACAAACACAAUUCUUGUGAUAGACUGUGCUACUGAAGAUGAGCAACAUGAGUACAGGUGCAUUGCAAAAAAUCCCAUCAGUAACGCAUCCAGCAGUGAAAUAUCUAACAACUCGUGUAACACCAGAAAUCUGAACGAUAAAAGGAAUUACUUUAUGAUCCUGAUUCCUUUGGUGAUGAUGGCAACUUUAUUGUUUGCUUUAGUACAAUACUCUUCUAAUUGAUGUCCAAAUGAUGAAUUCUAACGCCUGACGAUCAUCUCCAAGAAUUACCUGGAAACACUCACAUUGCUGCACAAAAUUCACCAACCCUGACUGGAAUGCCACAGACCAUACUUGCGAAUGACAGCUCAUUUCUCUAUAGCAUCUUUGGCUGACCACAAGCAUGACCAACUGGUAGCUGACCCAUGCAAUGAAUUCCCAAGGCUUGAAGUUUCAGGGAAAGCCAGGACACCUCGUAACCACCUGAGCAGAGGUUGGAGGUGACAUGACCACCUGCUCAUGGAAUAUGAGAAAUUGU